UACUCAGGUAGCCAAAGUCAGAAAAAAAGUAAGAAAAAAAGAAGAAAAAAAAUAUAUAAAUUAAGUGAAGACUUAGAGGAGGGUAAACAGUUGCAUCCCUGCAAAAUUUCCCUAAACUACAAGAUCAUUCAGUCUGACCAUCCAGAAUGUGGCUCCAGGUGUCUCUCCUCUGUCUGUCCUGCUUAAGUCUGCCCAGCCUAAGCCAGGCCCAAGACCAAGCAGUCCUCCACCGAUCCAAUGACUACGGCGGGCGCUGCCACUACACCUUCACCGUUGCCAGUCCAGAGGAGUCCAGCUGCUCCGGAAGCAGCAUGAAACCAGAGAUGGAUGGAGUCUUGUCCCGACUCACCCUGCUCGAGGCUUUAGUCAGCCAGCUGAUAGCAGGAGUGGAUGGCACUGCCGGGAGUGCCGGGACUGGGGUGAGGGCUAACGGUGAAGAGGGUUUCUCGGAAGAUUACUCCCAGGUAACAAGGGACAGAAAGCAGCUGCAGCAGGACAAGGAGCGUCUGAAUAGGCAGGUCCAGGAGCUGCAGAGGAGGCUGGCCGAGCUGAGCCAGGAGGCAGAGAGCCUCAGGCAGAAACCCUGCCAGCAGACACACACCCCAGGGGGGAGUCAGCGUGAAAACAGACCUGCCAGUGACCCUGCAUAUGAUUUUGGAAAAGGUGCAUACCAGGAGAUGAAGGCUGAGGUUAAGGAGGUUGCAGCAUCCCGCCUCAUUCCUGAAGGAAAUCACAACCUCCCAGGCUGUGAAGAGCUGCAGUCAGUGGGAGAUCCUGUAUUGCACAGGAAGGCUGACAGUAUUACAGGGAAGUAUGGAGUGUGGCUGCAGGAUCCCGAGCCUCAGGGCCCUCUUUACACAAACCAAACUGUGUGGCGUAUCGACACAGUUGGUAAAGAUGUCCGUCAGCUCUUUGCAUAUGAAGACAUGGAUCAAUUAUCCCAAGGCUUCCCUAUGAAGGUCCUGGUCCUGCCAGAGCCUAUGGAGAGCACAGGGGCGACCAUGUACCGUGGCUCCCUUUACUACCAGCGCAAACGCAGUCGCACCCUGAUCCGUUAUGACCUGACGUCUGAGAGCCUGGCUUCACGCCUGGAGCUGCCUCACGCUGGCUUCCACGGACAACACCCUUACUCCUGGGGCGGCUACACUGACAUCGACCUGGCGGCAGACGAACAGGGCCUGUGGGCUAUCUACAGCACAAGCAAGGCAAAGGGUGCAAUUGUGAUUUCCCAGCUGGACCCUGAGAGCCUGGAAGUGAAGAGGAGCUGGGAGACCAACAUCAGGAAGAACACAGUGGCCAAUGCUUUCAUGAUGUGUGGACGCUUGUACACGGUAGCCAGCUACACUGCAUCCAACACCACCAUUAACUACAUGUUUGACACGGCAACUGGAAUGGGGCGGGCUGUUGCUGUGCCCUUCAAGAACAAGUACCGUUACAACAGCAUGGUGGACUACAACCACGCUCAGAAGAAGCUGUACGCUUGGGACAACUUCCACAUGGUCACCUAUGACAUAAGACUGGGCCGGGCGAGCCAAGGCAGCAUCUAAAGAAGACACAGACAAAGAGAAAGGGCUGACGCAAGAGCAAGUGAAUGCAAUGAAACAUAUAAUCAUUUUCAUUUUUUCUGAGGUUAUUGCAAGUUUAUAAGUUUUUGCAUUAUUAAAAUAUAUUUUUUAAUACUAUUUUAUAACUGGUCACCCAUGACAUAAGACUGGGCAGCGCGAGCCAAGGCAGCAUCUAAAGAAGACACAGACAAAGAAAAACGGCUGACGCAAUAGCAAGUGAAUGAGAUAAAACAUAUGAUAAUUUGCAUUGUACUGGGGUUAUUGCAAGUCUAUAUAUCUUUUCGCAUUACUAAAACCUAUUUUUAACACUAUUUUAUAACUAUUGUAAAUAGGAUCUAAUAUGGCAACAGAAAUAUAAUCAUAACGUAGAUUAAUGUAUUUAUGACAGUGCCCUUUAUGACCUUCUCAGUGGUCAUUACAAAUAGUAAUCAUGGUUUAAAGUUGUGAAAUAGUUUUGUUAUUUGUUUAAAAAUGUGAAUGUUUUUUAAGUUCUCAAUAAAAAUGUUGAGAACUUAUGUUUCCAAUUCAAAUAAAAUUACAGCUGCAAGCGGCGUUGGAUUAGCCCUCGCACCUCCUUGCACGUUGGGGUUGCUGGCAGACGACGCUCCUUCCGACCGUGCAGACACUGCAAAUCGCCACCAAUGAAAGGGUACUCUCUGUUGAGUUCAAUGAAACCUCACACAAGACGUCGAACAGUUCAUUAGCUGUGAAAGGAAGCGUGCCUAAAACAUAGGGGGCGGGCCAAACCAUGACCAAUGAAAACAGAACUCUCUGCUGAGUUCAUUGAUACCUCACAAAAGACAGUACC